ACAUCUGCCCACGUUUUUUACGUGAACUCGUUAGAACGAAAAAUGAAAUAAAAGCAAAUCGAAACCCGGUUUCUAACCUCGUUUUCAUAUAUUCUUGAUUUGACUGUUAGAACAUUUCUAUAUACUGGUAUAUACAGUAUAUUCGGACCCGCCAUUGCUAGAUACUGUUCUUUUUGUUUGACCUAUUCCUACUAUAUGACAAAUUGUCAAUAAAUAUCUUUACAUUUGCGAUAUACUAAAAAACAUUGUUUGGCAAUUCCUCAAAUUCGUUUGCUUCUGUGACCACUCAAUUAUCUGAAUCCGUGUGGGUGUUUACUCUAGUUGUUACGUCAACGAGAUAUGAUCGGCAUAGUCCGUGUGAAUGGUAAUUUGGUAUGCUAAAUUGCUAAUAAUAACAAUAGAAUGAUUCGGUUAAUAACUGUAUAGUUCCAGCUAAUAUUAAGUAAAUAACUAUGAUUUUAUAUUUGUAAUAAAAAGUGUAGCUACGUGUUUAUAUUCCUAAACAACCUGCCGUAUGUUUGUUUUUAAAAUUGUUUGUGUUUCUUUGGCCCGAUAAUCCAAUUAAUUAUAGGAUAGAUAAAUUUUAUAAUUCAUAUUCACAUAGGACCCGAUCAUUCAAACAAAAAGAGACUGAAAAUGAAGGUCCAUAAAAACUAAUAUUGAACUUGAAAGAGACAUAUUAUUAUUAUUAUUAUUUUUUUUUUGAAACACACAUAUUAUUAUUUCUACUAUUGUUUUUUUGGCUAAUAACUGAAAGUUUCCGAGUAUUGACCUGUAUAUCCUUUGGACAAUGGACAUAGUAUGAAAUGUGAAAACAGUACAUGUAUAUAUAUAUAUUUUCCCUAUUUUUAUUCUUGUGCAACCAACAAGAAUGAAUCAUGACUCAUAGACGUCGAUAAUUUUGGUAUUCAAAAAUUACAACAAUCAGCCAAUUAAAUCGAAAGGGUGGCUAUACAACCACGACGAAAUCAAAUACACACGACCUUUUAUCAAAUAAAAAUUAUAUAUAAAUAUAUUCCCACAAAGAGAGUGUUUGCUUGGUGUUUCAUCUCUGUUUCUCGGCUCUUUCCUCCAUCUCUCAGUUAAAAUCCCCAGAGAAAAAUUCUCUCAAAUCUUAAGUGAUCGUAAAGUUCGAAGCGAAGAUAACAAAAAAAAAAACAGAACAAAGUCAAAGCUUGUGUUUGUGUCUUGAUGGGUAACUUCUGUCCUAACGGAUCUUCCAGUGUUGGACACGAAGAGAUCUCUGUCUCCACCAAGCCCCUCCCAGCGGUGAAACAUGGUAAAAAUCCAGUAAAUCAAAAGGCUCCGCCGCCGGUGGUGGUAAUGCCGCCGGCUAGGGGCUCGAAUCCAAAGUUUCCGGUGGCAGAAACAAGAACCAUCGAUAACACGACUCGUAAAAAACAGCAGGAGAAGCCAAGAUCCGUCGAUGACCCAUCUCGUGAAAAACAGCAUGAGAAGAAGCCAAGAUCCGUCGAGACUCCGCCGUCAAAUCCGGUGGAGAAACAAGGAGUGGGAAAAAAAGCAGUGCCGCCGAGCGGGAAGAUAGUGACGCCAAAUCUAAAGAUGUUCACAUUAACGGAUCUUAUGACGGCGACAAAGAAUUUCCGGCCGGAGUCGAUGAUCGGAGAAGGCGGGUUCGGACAGGUGUUCAAAGGAUGGGUUGAUGAGGAGACCUUAUCUCCGUCGAGGGCCGGCGUGGGAAUACCAAUCGCCGUUAAGAAAUCUAACCCUGAUAGUGCUCAAGGGUUACAUGAGUGGCAGUGUGAAGUGAGAUUCUUAGGGAAGUUUCAUCAUCCAAAUCUAGUCAAGCUCUUGGGAUAUUGCUGGGAAGAGAAUCAGUUCCUCUUGGUCUAUGAGUUUUUGCCUAAAGGAAGCCUUGAAAACCACCUCUUCUCAAAAGGAGAUGGGUUGACAUGGGAUACACGUUUGAAAAUAGCCAUUGAAGCAGCUCAAGGACUUACAUUUUUGCAUAACUCCGAGAAGAGUGUUAUUUACAGAGACUUCAAGGCUUCCAACAUUCUUCUUGAUUCCAACUUCAACGCCAAGCUUUCUGAUUUUGGUCUAGCCAAACAUGGUCCAAUUAAUGGAUACUCCCACGUGACCACUCGUGUCAUGGGCACACAAGGUUAUGCAGCUCCCGAGUAUGUGGCUACAGGUCAUCUAUACGUGCUGAGUGAUGUUUACGGAUUUGGAGUGGUCCUCUUAGAGCUAUUAACCGGUCUAAGAGCACUAGACCCAAACCGACCAUCUGCGCAACAGAAUCUCGUGGAAUGGGCUAAACCGGUUCUGACCCAGAAAAAGAAGAUUCAGAAGUUGAUGGACCCACGGCUCGAGAACAAGUAUCCACUUUUGGCGGUGAGCAAAACCGCUGCAUUAAUUCUACGGUGUCUCGAGGCUGACCCGAAGAACCGACCUCCCAUGGACGAUGUACUUAGAGAAUUAGAAAUUGUAAGGACUAUCAGAGAGCAACCAAAAGAAGAGAAGCGUAACCGGAACAAUGGACAUGGUUCACCGCACGUCCGUAAAACCGGUCGAACCAGAUAGUCAAAUAGUCCCCUUUGGAAGUUUGGAUCAGUCAUAUAUAUAUGUACACCACACAAACAUACACAACAAACAUACGUAAAACCUUCAUUUUUUUUUUAAUAAAUAAAAUAUCUUCCUUCUUUUA